AUGGAUAAAUUCAUAAUAGAUAAAAUCCAAGGGGUUUUUCCUAGUUUACGCGAAGGAAUUUUACAAUGGAUGGCGAAUUUUACAAGUAUUAUGUCUAGUUUUCUAUAUAUUGUGUUUGUCGUCUUAUGGAGCAUUAGCUCCGCUGUCUUUCGGCGUAUUUUCUUGCCAGGAAUUUAUUUGCUUUAUACAAUUUCUAUGUUCUUUAUAAAAGCUAUCACAAUGCUCUUAUUGAUUAUUGCUGAUCCUGCCAUUCUCAUGAUACAGUCGAUAUACUGGUACUUUAUACGAGCGCCGGCUCGCUUUGUUUUUAUGGUGGGUGUCACUAUCUAUCCAUUGUAUGUUUUAUUAUCAUGGGCCGUUUUUCUUGGUAUCGUUUCCGGGUUCUUCUUACACACAGUGUUUUCCGCUUUGGAUUCCUGCUUUACUCGCAAUGGAGAUGAAAAUUCAAAGUUCCAAGAGCUUCCCGUUAUUUCUCCAGUCUCUUCUACGUUAUUAAAUGUACAUUCCCAUUCAGAGUCUCCUCGGGAACUUGCAAAUGAUACCAAAUUAAAACCCGCCGUUACGAAAUCGAAUAAGAAAGGUUCUUCUGUGUCUUUGGACGAAAAAGAUGAAAACAAAGAAAAGAGCUCUUUUCAAUCAGAAGAAAAGAAUAAAAAGGAAGAUCCAAAAGUUCCUCCAGUCGAAACAAGAAUUGUCGCCGAACUCCCAAUCCCUUCGUCGGCUAGAAAACGCAAACAUCGUUCUCAAAAAUCUACUGGGAGUACAUCUAUAAAUGCAUAA